UCUGAUAUUAAUGACUGCUGAGGAGACGGCGGCGCAUCUAUGUGGUCCGCCUGACACUUGAUCGAGGGGAGAGAAGCGCCCUCAACAGCCGCUGUGAAGACGGGAAGGGAAGGGCACCGGGAACACAUGCGUCUCUCUCCACACUCUCGCCAGCUUGCUUUUGGACGACGCCGUUUUUGUUUUCCCUCAUGCAGAAGCCGCGUGUGUUGUUGUGGAAGAGAGCCCAGAACUGAUUUCUCCUCAACUGCGUUAAAAUAAGAAGACCACACAUUGUUGACUGGCUUUAUGUUGCGCGCUGGGGCUCCCUUGUCUUUGGAGCGGCGCACUUGAUGGGAAUAUAGACAACACAUACUGCUUCGAGGGCUAUAAUGAUUAAAUCGGGUAGGAAUGGACUGGGCUGUGGACUCUGGGAGCUAGUCACAACAACCAAUGAGGACAUCCACCUUUAAAGACAGAGCAGAGUUUUCACGGAUAUCUAAAUGUGCUUAACAUAAGUCCUUUGAAAUAUAAUAUAAUAUAUCAGUCCAUCCUUUUUUUCUUUUUCCCCCCUUCCACCUUCUCGGGUCUGCCUGACUGCAGCCUCGGCCCCGAACCCUGACUCCAGAAGGCAACAUUGAGUGACUGGUCAUUAUUUCCAAGGGCGUCUACACAGUAAGACAAAAAAAACCCUAGGGAGCCCUGCUGCAGUUGUUGUUGGUGGUGGUGUCGGUGGCAGGGGCGGUGAGUCAAUCGCCUCAGCAGCUGCAGCAAAUGAUUCAUUAUUUGUGAAGUUAACAGCUCAGACCACUUAAUCUACAAGGACCAAUUUCUUACUGGAGGGAACCGGUCCAAUAUGAAGGACGUGUCAUUCGUGGAUCUUUUUGUUGGCUUGGCCAUGGCCUCUUUUGUUGUGGCCACAGAGGAGAGGCCUGAUUGCCCGAAGCUCUGUGUAUGUGAGAUUAGACCCUGGUUUUCUCCCAGUUCGGUGUACAUGGAGGCGCAGACAGUUGACUGUAAUGACUUGGGACUCUUUAGCCUGCCGGACAAAUUCCCGGCGGGCACACAAGUACUGUUACUGCAAACAAACAAUGUUGCCAAGAUUGACCAACCCUUGGAUUACCUGGCCAACAUCACAGAGAUUGAUUUAUCGCAAAAUAACUUAUCCUCUAUCAGCGACGUCCAUCUAGGGAAUCUUCCUCAGCUGCUGUCCCUUCACAUGGAGGAAAAUUGGAUACAAGAGUUGCCUGAACAAUGUCUUGCUGAUAUGGCCAACCUUCAGGAGCUCUACAUGAAUCACAACCUCAUCUCCUCCAUUUCCCCAAAGGCUUUCCAGGGUCUCAGCAACCUUGUGCGGCUCCACCUUAAUUCUAACAAGCUGAAGGCUAUUAAAAGAGAGUGGUUCGAACCCAUGCCAAAUCUGGAGAUCCUGAUGAUUGGUGAGAAUCCUGUUCUUUCUGUUGAUGAUAUGAACUUCAAACCUCUCAGUAACCUCCGCAGUCUUGUCCUCACCAGAAUGAACUUGUCUCAGCUUCCUGACGAUGCACUGGCUGGUCUCGAUAACUUAGAGAGCAUCUCUUUCUAUGAUAAUAUUUUCCCUGAGGUGCCUCACUCCGCCCUGAGAAAUGCAAAAAAUCUUAAGUUUUUGGAUUUAAAUAAGAACCCAAUUGCGAGAAUACAGAGAGGGGACUUUGUGGAUAUGCUCCAUCUGAAAGAACUAGGGAUUAAUAGCAUGCCAGAGCUAGUUUCCAUUGACAGCUUUGCCCUGAAUAACCUCCCUGAGCUGACCAAAAUAGAAGCCACCAACAAUCCUAAACUCUCCUAUAUCCAUCCUAAUGCUUUCUACAAACUACCGCGGCUGGAAACCCUAAUGCUAAAUGGAAAUGCGCUCAGUGCCCUCCACAGGAUUACUGUCGAGUCCCUCCCAAAUCUCAGAGAGGUUAGCAUGCACAGCAACCCCAUCCGCUGUGACUGCGUAGUCCGCUGGAUGAACAUGAACAAGACCAACAUUCGCUUCAUGGAGCCUGAUUCACUGUACUGUGUGGAGCCCCCGGAGUACGAGGGCCAGCAUGUUCGACAGGUGCACUUCAGGGAGAUGAUGGAGAUUUGUCUGCCACUCAUCUCUCCCGAAAGCAUGCCUGCGCAUAUUAAAGCACAGAAUGGGAGCUCAGUGUCACUCCAUUGUCGAGCCUUUGCUGAACCAGAGCCGGACAUCUACUGGAUCACCCCGUCUGGUACUAGGGUCCUGCCUAACACAGUGUCUGAUAAGUUCUACAUGCACCCAGAGGGAACGUUUGACAUCUAUGAUGUCACAGAAAAUGAAGCUGGUCUUUACACUUGUGUUGCCCAUAAUCUGGUUGGAGCUGAUCUUAAAUCUGUUUCAGUAGAGGUGAAUGGAUAUUUUCCCCAACCUGCAAAUGGGUCUCUGAAUGUCACAAUCACAUCAGUGGAAACAAACUCGAUCCUGGUUUCGUGGAAGGCUGGCUCUGGCACCCUAGCUCCCAACAUUAAAUGGUACACAGUGUCAGACGCUAACCAUCCCACCACAGCGUUUUCCACCAGAGUUCCCUCUGAUGUCCAGGUCUACAACCUCACCCAUCUCAGCCCUGCCACUCACUACAAAGUAUGUGUGGAUGUCCGCAGCAUCCACUACAACCAUGACAACAAAUGUGUCAAUGUCACCACUAAGGGAUUAGAGCUGGCAGCCAAGGACACAGAAAAAUGGGACACAGCAGUAAUCACCGUCUUUGGUGUGCUCUUGGCUGUGAUUUCAGUGGCAUGCCUGCUUAUUUAUGUGUCUCUGAGGAACCACCACCUUUAUGGGGAUAUAAGGAAAUGCGACUCCAAAGCUUCGCUGACACCAGUGGAAGCUACCGGUAUGCACUCUCCUUUCUUUCCAAAGCUGUGGGUUUCGGGUAAGGGACUGCCAAGUGGAGUGGAAGUGAAAGCCACAGUCAUAAAUGUUUCUGACAAUGCCUUUUAAGAAGUGCAGCGUUCUAGAGCACCACACACCAACUACACUGAAUGGACAAGGCCAUGGGCGGGGGUGGACAAAUCUAUAGUACUGUUUCAAAGGCAUACCCAUUGCCGGUCCCCCAGCUCAGACACACUGGCAAAACUAUUAUUGGACUGGGAUGGAACAGUUUAAAAUAGACUACAUGCUCUCCCAGUUUCAACCCUAGAUGAAGUGGUGGCUUUGUAACCGUUACAUCAAACCAAGCUAACAUCAACAGGAAGGGGCAUUUACUGCAAAAAGAUAAAUUUCAGUACCAUUCAUAGAGAAAUGCAGGCAGAGGAAAGAAGAGUGAUGAUGAUGACGAUGAAGGUCAACUCUCUUGUAAUUGACUGUUAAAUGUGUUCAGAGUUGUGGAACUGUCCGUGUGGUCCCAAGCAAUACCGUCUGUGCUUUGUAAAACAUCCAUAGACGAGUUAGAGAUACAGUAAUAACACCUGUCUAUUAUGGGAAGGGAGAUUUAGUAGAGUAGACAAAUAAAAGUGACUAUGGUGUAAGCCUUUUGAUGAAAUAUACCCCUCCUUUUUCUAUAUAAAAUGGAUUCUUGAUUUUUCAUGGAAAUAUUGUUAUAUAUUCUAUUAUGUUGAUGUAAUGACAAAACCUCUGUAUCUAAACGGUUUAAAUGGGUUUUAAAUGAAGGCAAAGAGCAGACUACUUUUGAUUACAACGUCGCAUUAAGCUUAAUGAAAUUCAGUUACAAAAUGAGUAUCUAGAGAGGACAUUUGCAAAAUGGCUGUUUAUGCUGUGUAGUUCUCGGUGACUAGGAAAAAAUGCAUUAGACUAAAACAAAUACAAACAGGUUGAUUAAAAGUGAGGUGACUGAUGCGUUAUCUCCUCACGAAGCGGCCUGUUAAGCCCUGGUAAGUGCCUACAACAAGAACUACAUGAGGUAAACAGAGAAGGAUCUGAAGAUACGCGGCAGCCACAGCAAAACACGGCCAUGUCACCGUUACAGAAUCACAAGCUAUUCUCCAGUACUUUUAGUGGAAAUACUUUCUCAGUAUUUUUAGCAUACAUAUUUUAAGAAAACAUUUCGUUGUUGCUUUGGGUGUAAAGUUAAAAAGCCAUUUUUAUAUUAACUGUACUAUAUGUGAUCAAUGGGCACAACAGACUUAUUAAGAAAAGUGCUAAGAAAAAAAUAAAUGUCAUUGUUUCUUUUACAAAUAAUUGCCAACUUUUCUCGUUUGCUUUCAUCUCAUAUUUGUCAUAAUGCAUCUGGUUUAUUUCCAAACAAAACGAUUAGUAUUAUAAUUAAAAUACUUUCCUUUUUGUUGCCAUCCAACCAUUGGCUAAUGUGUAAUGACUUUCAUCUGUGACAUUUCAACUGCAAGCAUGUAAAACAAAAUAUUGAUAAUGAUCAAGUAGUACAGAACAAAAAAACUGUUGAGUUGCCCCCUGUGGUCUGACUUUUGAGUCAGACCACAGGGGGAAAGUCAAGUGACUUCAGCUGAAUGGUUGAAUGGUCGUCCUGACCCCGGGAAGAAGGGAAAAAACAGCAACAAAAGAACAGAACUCAUUAGCCGCCUCAUUAAGAACAUGUUCGUCCUUCAGCUGGUCUGAAUAUAGUCACCGUGCUACAGCUGCUGCUGCUGCUCGUGCUUAGACAGGGACACAGCGUCCCUACAACAGAGAGAUAAAGUACAGUACUGAAAAGUCGAUGCAGGGUGGGACGGGGCCGAGUCUAAGCUUUAGGACUCACAUUUUAUUUCUCUUACUGAAAUAUCCAGCACACACAACAUUUCACAUGAGAAAGCCAAGCAUGAUGAAUGGCUGUCAGAGGCAGAGUGACAUGGUGGAUUUAUCAAACAGGGCCUAACACUCAUACAUCAGGCCAGCCUUCAGCACCAUGGACAGAGGCUUUUAGAGCCACACUAUCUGUCAAAGACAAAGGGAGUUAAAAUAUGACGUGGCGUGCUCCUAAGGUAAUGCUCAGGUCAGACUGAGCCUGUCUCCUCGCAAAUACAGUCACAAAUACAGAUGCACAAACAAGCCUUGCAGAGCUGAAAACCCACAUACCCAUAUGUUUGUACAGGAAACCAUACAGAAAUUCAAGGUCACUCAUUGGCUCAGAGACUCACUUGAAGAAGACAAAAACAUAGUCAAGCACACACACUGGAGCACUAAAUUAACCAGCCUGUCAUUUCCAGUGGUGUUGCAGCUUCAGUUUUUCUGAGUCUGUGUGUUUGGAGAAACAUGACAGCCAAAUAAGCUACUAAAAGAAUUCACCGACCAAACAUGCUCUUUGAGAUUAAAGCAGCUCAUGGAUAUUAGCCAUAUUGUUCCUCUUUUUUUUUUUUCCACUACUCAUGAUUACAUCCUUCAGUGAAUACGCUGAAUGUUACCCAGAAACUCAUCUCUCCUGCUGUCUGUCCCAAUCUCAUGCAUUUAUCUCUUCCUUUUCCCUCGCUGUCUCUCUCACCAAUCGCCGCUGACACUCACUCCAUUUGGGUGUGGGUGAUUGCAUUAUUUUUUGUCUGAAUUUAUACAUUCAAAGCAACCUAUAUUAGAAAAAAAACCCUCUUGAUUUUACUUCAAUCCCACAUGAAAAGAACCAGUGAGCUGUCACCAUUUAAUCCAAAGCGAGGAAGGAAAAAUUAUGUUUCUCGCUGAAUCUUCAAAUAUUUCAAAUAUUAAAACCACCUUGUUCUAUUUAAAAAAAAAAAGCCAUCUGCUCUGAGGCAGAUAUUAAACCGUGCUCUGUGAAGGCUUAUGGAUGGGUGUUCCUAGUGGUUACAUAUUCAUUUUAAUUUUGUGAGGAUCGUUGUCAGGCAGCCUGAGAUUUGAUGGUGCCGUCCACCAGUGAAAAGUGCAAGUUCAAGAGUGUAUUUACUUAUUAAAUUAAAAACACAAGGUAAUCAUUAAGUCAGCGGCUGGCAGAUCAUUUUCCUUUAUUAUCUGAUGAAAACAAAUGUGAAAAGUACUACAGGAAAUGUAAAUUUGUGAGCCUGUUUAAAUUUCAUAGUGUUACUCAGCUUAUUUAGACCUGCUAUUGUAACAGUGUGACUAUGGGAAUGCUCUACACUAAUUUUCUAGAGCACGUAGGAAGGUACUAUUUAAACACUUUGUAUUUAAUAAUGUUUACUCACACUACAGUGUGAUUUUAUAAAAAAAUGUUUCUCUUUCUUAAAGCUGCAGUUGAAUAUUUAACUCCUAUCUGACAUAAGAUUUUUGCAAAAAGCCUUAUAGCACUGCAAGGGCUGCAAAAGCAAACAAUGUUCAAGCUGCUACAGGCACUUUUAUAUGUUUGAAUUAUCAGCUUAUUAAAGUUACAAACUUCUACAUAGGUCAGCCAGUGUAGCUACAGGCAGCCACGUUUCAAUGAAAAGUGAAUUGUCAACAUGCAUUUACAGCCCUGCUGCUAACACUAUAUUUAAUGCCAUUGCUUGGUUUUAAGAGGCCCUUGUAGAGCCGGCCGGCUAUUGGAAAGUCAACCGGAUGACCUAUGGAUUGCAAUAACAAAGCACUGAUUGCUUUCAUGACAGAAUAAAAGUGGAUAUGCCUCUUGGGAGUCAUAUGAAGCACUUCAAAAAUAUUACACAUUAUUACAUUUAUUAAUUAAACACAUUUUCUUCAGCAUUGUAGGUUGUUUUGUGUCUCAUCACCUUCUGAUGUGUUUACGCUGGAACUGAUGUUAUUCCCGACGACAGGUGAAUUGUUCAUACACACUGUGUAUCAUUAGUGAGCCAGAAUUUGCCCUGCACAUCGCCAUUCUGAACAUGCAUUGCUGUGUAUUUCCUGAAAAGUGGAGACAGAAUGUCACAGCAGAUUUGGCACGGCUCGUCAGAGAGCAACCAGUCAAAAGCCAUUUGUGUGCACACUUCCUGUCUCCAUUUCCAUAACCAUCACUCCCAGGGCGUCUCCAACGUGCAGCUAAAAAAAUGACAUGCUCCCUGCCUCACCCCCCCCCAGGUCUCUACCGUCAUAAUCAUAAGCACUCACAUCCACAUGCAUGCAGAGUCAUUGGCAUACCAAAACACAGCUGCUAUUAGUCACUUCCAUUUUGAACCAAGCCGAUGUGUUCCCAAUAAGUGUUGGUGGUGUGAGUUGCUUUCACAUUUACAUAUUUUUCUGAUUCACAACUUGCAUGACAUCACUGAAAUUCCACAUAUAAAAGAGGAACCCCAUUGAUAAAGACGGUCAUGCAAAUUUGAGGUUUCUCAUUGUAACACCCAACAUUAAUAAAUAUUAUUAUAUUAAUCAACCCGGAUUGAUUGGAUUGCCCACCACAGAGGGCUUUUCCGCUAAUUGGAAGACCCAUUCUCAAAGAGAGGAUUGGUUUCCUGGGCUACUGAUGGAUUACCGCCUCCCUUUGUUUCACUGCCGUUUCCUCCAUGAAGUGGGCAAGCAGCCCGUGCCUGGGUCCGAUCGAUGCGGGGCUAAUGAGUUAUUCACAUGCAUGUGCUCACAUUAAUGAUGGAUUGGGAUUGGACGGGAAAGAAACACUGCUAACAAGCAGACAUGGUAGGACAUGGAGGAACAUCCUUUUCUAAGUAGGUUUUAUAAAGCUUUGUCAACCUCAUGGCACUGACGCACCAUCGCUCCCAUUAGAAUCAUUAGUGCUUCUGAUACCAUCUAUAUUAAUGGCAGCCCACAUCAAUCAUCACUGAACAUUUAAGUCUUGUUGUCAAGUGGUGGAAGAGGCUCCUACAGUUAUCGUCCCUGCAUAAGUACCACCUUUUACUGCAGGCUUGUUUAUGCAAUGCUUCACUUGGACACAUCUGUAAAAAGACCUGCUGCCGACUUUGCUCUCUAUUAGGCAGAUGGAAGGCUUGAAGGCGUUUAGGUAAUAGCUGUUCAUGCUGGUUAUUGAGCUUUGAGGUAAAGUAGACCUGUCUUCAGGACUUUUUGAUUAAAAUAACAAGUGCAUAUUUAACUAGUUUGCAAAAGCAUGCGUACAUGUUAAUUUACUCACCGGUAAUUUUGCACUGGCCAAAUUGAUAAAGCAUCUGCACUAUCACAAUUUUUCACAUAACCAGGGGAGCGUUUGAGAGGAGGAGAUGAAAAUGAUGGGGAAUUAUAAAAUGUUAAACUCAAUAAGUUCAAGUUGUGUGUGUUUUGUGUGCAAGUGUUCAGUAAAAAUCUAUUCUUACCAGCCGUUAACAGCAUAGCUGGUAUUGUUUUCACCUUGUGAGGUUCUCUGUGUGAGUGUGUGUGUGUGUGUGUGUGUGUGUGUGUGUGUGUGUACGUCAUUCAUCAUGGAAAAUUGUGUUCCUGGAGAUGUCUGUCCGUCUGUCUUUCUGUCUACGGACAGAUUUUGUCACAACCAUGCAAGAUGCAGUCAUGAAACUUUACAGGUGUGUAAUUGAGAUCAAAAUUAAUCUGGGUCCAAAGAUGACUGUGGUCUAAGCAAAAUGCCAUUAAUGACACAUUCACAACUAACCAUGUUUAAUUUUGUACAUUCCCUGUAUAAAACCUGGGAAUGCUUUGGCAAAACACAUAUAUAUGUACAGUAUGUCAAAACUAACAUAGCUUAAAAGUUGACCCUGUGAGGACGGUUAAGCACAUUGAAUAAAUCUGGCACAAUUCACCUGUUAUCAUGUGUUCCAUUGGCUGGUGUGAUCUCAUGGCAAGACGGUCUCUAGUUAUGUAUGAAAAAAUUACGUUCAUAUUUGUUUCUUACCAAAACUUUACUCCUUGCUGUAAGCAGCAACAACAAAAUACUAGAAGGACAGUACACAAGAUCAUGACAGGGAAAAAUAAUCAAUCUUGUUCAGACGCAGUAAAGUGCCAUUUUGGUUUUAGAUUACACAUCUUAAGGAGUUUGUGUUUCUGUUGACUAGUAAGUGACGUGCCAACAAUGAAUAGAAAAAUUGGGAGAGAAAUUAAGUUGAAAAUGAAAACAUGCAUAUAAAAUCCUGGUAAUCCUGGAGAAAAAAGAUGAACACCACUCAUAUGAUUUGCUCAUCAUGUACUGUAUGAUUGCAGGGUUCUACGGAUGCAAGCAGCGUGUUUUCAGUGUGGCUGUACAAUGGUUAACUGAAAACUGAGGAGGAACCACCUUAAACAUAUUCCACCUAUUAACUGAAACCUGACAAAAUAAAGCAGAUUUAAGGCUCUCUAAAACCAGAGAUUAAACUGGAUUAACAGUUUUAAUGUAAGUACAUUAAUACAUUUUAAUAUUUAAAUGACAAAUUUCCAUGAUAAUGUCAUAAUUAAAUGUCGUGCUUUCUGGUUUCAUUUGUCUGAUAAGACGUUUAGUUGAAUUUAUCUGCUUGCUCUAUGCUUUGCGUAUUGUAUUCCUAAAUAAAUUUGGAUUGGCCCUUGUUUUAUUUCAUUGCAUGCUUUGUCAUGUUUAGCUUGAACUUAUACUCAAUCAAAAUUAAUUGAAUUAGUAGAACAGGAUUUUUUUCCUGCCCCCCCCCAAAAAAAAUUAGUAUUCUUUCUCUCUUCUUAAUAUCAGAAAAUGCUAAAUGUUUUCAUUCUGCUCCAGAGAAUUUGUGUUCUACAGGAAUGCGGCAGCAAUGGGGACUAUGGCCUAAAUAAAAUGGCCCCGUAUGUCUCUUUCAUCAUAACGGAGGGUCUUUGAUGUAAUGAUGGCAGCGUUGGGU